UUCUUAGUUACUGUUGAUAAUCUCGUCCUGGGCCUGAGUCGUAAAUUGCACUUUAUCCCAGUGAAAAAGGCAAUUGAAUUGAAGUCAAGAGGAGUCAAGAUGAUGCCCAGCAAGGACAGUAGUCAUAAAAACUCCGUCUUGAGUCAAGGAGGCGUUGCGUUGGUCUCUGACAUGUGUCCAGAUCCCGGGAUUCCGGAAAAUGGAAGAAGAGCAGGUUCCGACUUCAGGGUUGGUGCAAAUGUCCAGUUCUCCUGUGAGGAUAAUUAUGUGCUCCAGGGAUCCAAGAGUAUAACCUGUCAGAGAGUCACGGAGACACUGGCUGCGUGGAGUGACCAUCGGCCCAUUUGCCGAGCUAGAACAUGUGGAUCAAAUCUGCGUGGACCCAGCGGCAUCAUCACCUCCCCUAAUUACCCAGUUCAGUAUGAAGACAACGCUCACUGUGUGUGGGUCAUUACCACAACUGACCCGGACAAGGUCAUCAAGCUCGCGUUUGAGGAGUUUGAACUGGAGCGAGGCUAUGACACCCUCACCGUGGGCGAUGCUGGCAAAGUGGGCGACACCAGGACCGUCUUAUACGUACUCACUGGCUCCAGUGUUCCUGACCUGAUUGUGAGCAUGAGCAACCAGAUGUGGCUGCACCUGCAGUCUGAUGACAGCAUCGCCUCGCCUGGAUUUAAAGCUGUUUACCAAGAAAUCGAAAAGGGAGGAUGCGGGGACCCUGGGGUCCCCGCCUACGGGAAGCGGACUGGCAGCAGCUUCCUGCACGGGGACACCCUCACUUUUGAGUGCCAGGCGGCCUUCGAGCUGGUGGGGGAGAGGGUCAUCACGUGCCAGCAGAACAACCAGUGGUCAGGGAACAAGCCCAGCUGUGUGUUCUCGUGUUUCUUCAACUUCACUGCGUCGUCGGGGAUUAUCCUGUCCCCCAAUUAUCCGGAGGAAUACGGCAACAACAUGAACUGCGUUUGGUUGAUCAUCUCUGAACCCGGGAGCAGGAUCCACCUCAUUUUCAACGAUUUUGACGUGGAGCCUCAGUUUGACUUCCUGGCGAUCAAAGACGAUGGGAUUUCUGACCUAACAGUCCUCGGCACUUUCUCGGGCCACGAGGUGCCCUCCCAGCUGGCCAGCAGCGGGCAUAUCGUCCGUUUGGAAUUUCAGUCUGACCACUCCACCACCGGCAGGGGGUUCAACAUCACUUACACCACAUUUGGUCAGAAUGAGUGCCAUGAUCCUGGGAUUCCCAUAAAUGGGCGACGUUUUGGGGACAGAUUUCUACUUGGGAGUUCGGUUUCUUUCCACUGUGACGAUGGCUUUGUCAAAACCCAGGGGUCGGAGUCUAUCACCUGCACCCUGCAGGAUGGAAAUGUGGUCUGGAGCUCCACAGUCCCCCGCUGCGAAGCCCCGUGUGGUGGACACCUGACAGCUUCCAGUGGACUCAUUCUGCCUCCCGGAUGGCCAGGAUAUUAUAAAGAUUCUCUGAACUGUGAAUGGAUCAUCGAAGCCAAGCCAGGACACUCUAUCAAAAUAACUUUUGAUAGAUUCCAGACUGAAGUCAACUAUGACACGCUGGAAGUCCGAGAUGGGCCAGCCAGCUCGUCCCCGCUGAUCGGAGAGUACCAUGGCACGCAGGCCCCCCGGUUUCUGAUCAGCACUGGCCAUUUCAUGUAUCUCCUCUUCACCACGGACAACAGCCGCUCCAGCGUCGGCUUCCUCAUUCACUACGAGAGUGUGACUCUGGACUCGGACUCUUGCCUUGACCCAGGAAUCCCUGUGAAUGGGCAUCGGCACGGCAGUCAUUUUGGCAUCAGGUCUACGGUGACUUUCAGCUGUGACCCGGGGUACACACUGAGCGAUGAUGAGCCCCUGGUCUGUGAGAGGAACCAUCAGUGGAACCACGCCCUGCCCAGCUGUGACGCCCUCUGUGGAGGCUACAUCCAUGGGAAGAGUGGAACCGUCCUUUCCCCGGGGUUUCCGGAUUUUUACCCAAACUCCCUGAACUGUACAUGGACCAUUGAAGUGUCUCACGGGAAGGGAGUUCAGAUGAUCUUCCACACCUUCCACCUAGAAAGCUCCCACGACUAUUUACUGAUCACAGAGGACGGGAGUUUCACCGAGCCCGUGGCCAGACUCACUGGCUCUGUACUGCCUCACACUAUUAAGGCGGGUUUGUUUGGAAACUUCACCGCCCAGCUUCGGUUCAUCUCAGACUUUUCCAUUUCCUACGAGGGCUUCAACAUCACGUUCUCAGAAUACGACCUGGAGCCUUGCGAUGACCCUGGCGUCCCUGCCUUCAGCCGAAGAAUUGGUUUCCACUUUGGAGUCGGGGACUCUCUGACUUUUUCCUGCUUCCCGGGGUAUCGCUUAGAAGGUGCAACCAAGCUUACGUGCCUGGGUGGGGGCCGUCGUGUGUGGAGCGCGCCUCUGCCAAGGUGUGUGGCUGAAUGCGGAGCAAGUGUCAAAGGAAAUGAAGGAACAUUGUUGUCCCCAAAUUUCCCGUCAAAUUACGAUAAUAACCACGAGUGUAUCUAUAAGAUAGAAACAGAAGCUGGCAAGGGGAUCCAUCUCCGGGCACGGACCUUCCAGCUGUUUGAAGGAGACAUUCUGAAGGUGUAUGAUGGAAAGGACAGUUCAUCGCGCCCGUUGGGGUCCUUCACUAAGAAUGAGCUCGUGGGGCUGGUCCUCAACAGCACUUCCAAUCACCUGUGGCUGGAAUUCAACACCAACGGCUCUGAAACCGACCAGGGUUUCCAGCUCACCUAUACGAGUUUUGACCUAGUAAAAUGUGAGGAUCCAGGAAUCCCUAACUAUGGCUAUAGGAUCCGAGAUGAAGGCCACUUCACUGACACUGUAGUUCUGUACAGCUGUAACCCAGGCUAUGCCAUGCAUGGCAGCAACAGUCUGACCUGCCUGAGUGGCGACCGGAGAGUGUGGGACAAGCCCCUGCCUUCCUGUGUAGCGGAGUGUGGUGGUCAUAUCCAUGCUGCCACGUCAGGGCGCAUCCUGUCUCCCGGCUACCCUGCUCCCUAUGACAACAACCUGCAUUGUACCUGGACCAUCGAGGCCGACCCAGGAAAGACCAUCAGCCUGCACUUCAUCGUGUUCGACACCGAGACGGCCCAUGACAUCCUGAAGGUCUGGGACGGCCCCGUGGACAGUGACGUCCUGCUGAAGGAGUGGAGCGGCUCCAUGCUCCCCGAGGACAUCCACAGUACCUUCAGCUCGCUCACCCUGCAGUUCGACAGCGACUUCUUCAUCAGCAAGUCUGGCUUCUCCAUUCAGUUCUCAACGUCCAUCGCGUCCACCUGCAAUGACCCAGGCCUGCCUCAGAACGGCACCCGCUACGGGGAUAGUAGAGAGCCGGGGGAUACCGUCACCUUCCAGUGCGACCCCGGAUAUCAGCUCCAAGGACAAGCGAAAAUCACCUGUGUGCAGCUGAACAACCGAUUCUUCUGGCAGCCAGACCCUCCCACGUGCAUAGCUGCGUGUGGAGGGAACCUGACGGGCCCAGCGGGUGUCAUUCUGUCACCUAACUACCCGCAGCCAUAUCCUCCCGGGAAAGAAUGUGACUGGAGAAUAAAAGUGAAUCCAGACUUCGUCAUCGCCUUGAUAUUCAAAAGUUUCAACAUGGAGCCCAGUUAUGAUUUCCUACAUAUCUAUGAAGGAGAAGAUUCCAACAGACCUCUCCUUGGAAGUUUCCAGGGUUCUCAAGCCCCAGAAAGAAUAGAGAGUAGUGGAAAUAGUCUUUUUCUGGCUUUUCGGAGUGAUGCUUCCGUGGGCUUGUCGGGGUUUGCGAUUGAAUUUAAAGAGAAGCCCCGGGAAGCCUGUUUCGACCCUGGAAAUAUAAUGAACGGGACACGCGUUGGCACGGACUUCAAGCUUGGCUCAACCGUGACCUACCAGUGUGACUCUGGCUACAAGAUUGUGGACCCCUCCUCCAUCACGUGUGUGAUCGGAGCGGACGGAAAACCUGCCUGGAGUCAGGCCUUGCCUUCCUGCAACGCUCCCUGCGGAGGCCAGUACACGGGGUCCGAAGGGGUCGUUUUGUCACCAAACUACCCUCAUAAUUACACGGCCGGUCAAAUAUGCCUCUACUCCAUAACGGUGCCAAAGGAGUUUGUCGUAUUCGGACAGUUCGCCUAUUUCCAGACGGCACUGAAUGAUUUGGCAGAAUUAUUUGAUGGGACACACCCACAGGCCAGACUUCUCAGCUCUCUCUCCGGGUCACAUUCAGGUGAAACAUUGCCAUUGGCGACAUCAAAUCAGAUUCUUCUCCGAUUCAGUGCGAAGAGCGGUUCGUCUGCCCGGGGUUUCCACUUUGUUUACCAAGCUGUCCCUCGAACCAGCGAUACCCAGUGCAGCUCUGUCCCUGAGCCCAGAUACGGACGGAGAAUUGGCUCCGAGUUCUCGGCCGGUUCGAUUGUUCGAUUCGAAUGCAACCCGGGGUACCUCCUUCAGGGCUCCACCGCCAUCCGCUGCCAGUCCGUGCCUAACGCGUUAGCUCAGUGGAACGACACAAUCCCGAGCUGCGUGGUCCCCUGCAGUGGCAAUUUCACUCAGCGCAGAGGUACAAUUUUAUCCCCCGGCUAUCCUGAACCGUAUGGUAACAACUUAAACUGUAUCUGGAAAAUCAUAGUUACGGAGGGAUCAGGAAUCCAGAUUCAAGUGAUCAGUUUUGCCACGGAGCAGAACUGGGACUCUCUGGAGAUUUACGACGGAGGGGACAUGACCGCGCCCAGGCUGGGAAGCUUCUCAGGAACCACGGUCCCAGCUCUUCUGAACAGCACGUCCAAUCAGCUCUGUCUCCACUUCCAGUCUGACAUUAGCGUGGCAGCCGCGGGCUUUCACCUGGAGUACAAAACGGUGGGUCUCGCUGCGUGUCAAGAACCCGUCCUUCCCAGCAACGGCAUCAAAACAGGUGAUCGGUACAUGGUGAACGACGUCCUGUCCUUCCAGUGUGAACCGGGGUAUACCUUGCAGGGCCGCUCCCACAUUUCUUGUAUGCCGGGAACCGUUCGCCGCUGGAACUACCCGUCUCCCCUGUGCAUCGCAACCUGCGGAGGGACACUGAGCAGCAUGGGGGGAGUGAUCUUGAGCCCAGGGUUUCCGGGCGCAUACCCCAACAACCUGGAUUGCACCUGGAAAAUCCAGCUACCUGUUGGCUAUGGUGCGCAUAUUCAAUUUCUGAAUUUUUCUACCGAAGCUAAUCACGACUACCUUGAAAUUCAGAACGGACCCCACCACGGCAGCCCCAUGAUCGGGCAGUUCAGUGGCACAGAACCCCCCUCCUCCCUGCUCAGUACGACACAUGAAACGCUCAUCCACUUUUACAGCGACCAUUCCCAGAACCGGCAAGGGUUUAAACUCACUUACCAAGCCUAUGAGUUACAGAACUGCCCGGACCCACCUCCUUUUCAGAAUGGUUAUAUGAUCAACUCGGACUAUAGUGUGGGACAGUCCAUAUCCUUUGAGUGCUACCCUGGGUACAUUUUAAUCGGCCACCCAGUCCUCACCUGUCAGCACGGGAUCGACCGAGACUGGAAUUAUCCUUUUCCGAGAUGCGACGCUCCUUGCGGAUAUAAUGUAACAUCUCAGAACGGUACCAUUUAUUCCCCUGGAUUUCCAGAUGAGUACCCAAUUUUGAAGGACUGCUUCUGGCUUAUCACUGUACCUCCUGGCCACGGGGUCUACAUCAACUUCACCUUGCUGCAGACUGAAGCUGUUAACGAUUACAUUGCUGUUUGGGAUGGGCCUGAUCAGAAUUCACCUCAGCUGGGAGUUUUCAGUGGGAAUACGGCCCUGGAAACCGCGUAUAGCUCCACCAACCAAGUCCUGCUCAAGUUCCACAGCGACUUUUCAAAUGGAGGCUUCUUUGUUCUCAAUUUUCACGCAUUUCAGCUCAAGAAAUGCCAACCUCCCCCGGCCGUUCCACAGGCAGAAAUGCUUACUGAGGAUGAAGAUUUUGAAAUAGGGGAUUUUGUGAAGUACCAGUGCCACCCUGGGUACACGCUGGUAGGGACUGACACGCUGGCCUGCAGGCUCAGUUCCCAGCUGCAGUUUGAAGGCUCUCCCCCAACGUGUGAAGCGCAAUGCCCAGCAAAUGAAGUCCGGACAGAAUCUUCUGGAGUCAUCCUCAGCCCAGGUUACCCAGGCAACUAUUUUAACUCCCAGACGUGCUCAUGGAGUAUUAAAGUGGAACCAAACUAUAACAUCACCAUCUUUGUGGAUACAUUUCAAAGUGAAAAGCAGUUUGAUGCACUGGAGGUGUUUGAUGGUUCUUCUGGUCAAAGUCCUCUGUUAGUGGUCUUAAGUGGGAACCACACUGAACAAUCCAAUUUUACAAGCAGGAGUAAUCAGUUAUAUCUCCGCUGGUCCACCGAUCAUGCAACCAGUAAGAAAGGAUUCAAGAUUCGAUAUACAGCACCCUACUGCAGCCUGACCCACACUCCGAAGAAUGGAGGCAUUUUCAACAGGACCACGGGGGCGGUUGGAAGUCAAGUGCAUUAUUUUUGCAAGCCUGGGUAUCGCAUGAUCGGCCACAGCAACGCGACCUGUAGACGGAACCCAGUUGGCAUGUAUCAGUGGGAUUCUCUCGCCCCGCUCUGCCAGGCUGUGUCCUGUGGAAUCCCCGAGUCCCCGGGAAAUGGUUCCUUUACGGGCAACGAGUUCACGCUGGAUAGUAAAGUGAUCUAUGAAUGUAAUGAGGGCUUUAAGCUGGAAGCAGGCCAACAAGCAGCAGCCGUAUGUCGGGAAGAUGGACUGUGGAAUAACACGGGGAAGCCUCCUGCGUGUACACCGGUGAUUUGUCCUGGCAUCGAAGCUCAGCUCCCGGAGCACGUCACCUGGAGACUGGUUUCGGGGUCACUGAACGAGUAUGGAGCUCAAGUCGUGCUGAGCUGCAGUCCUGGCUAUUACCUGGAGGGCCAGAGGCUGGCACAGUGCCAAGCCAAUGGAACGUGGAGCCUAGGCGACGAGAGACCCAGAUGUCGAGUGAUCUCGUGUGGAAGCCUCUCCUUUCCGCCAAACGGUAACAAGAUUGGCACGCUCACAGUUUAUGGGGCCACAGCUAUAUUUACGUGCAACACGGGCUACACCCUGGUGGGGUCUCACGUCAGAGAAUGCUUAGCAAAUGGACUCUGGAGUGGCUCCGAAACUCGCUGUCUGGCUGGCCACUGCGGUUCCCCGGACCCGAUCGUGAACGGUCACAUCAGCGGAGACGGCUUCAGCUACCGGGACACUGUGGUUUAUCAGUGCAAUCCUGGCUUCAGGCUGGUUGGAACUUCCGUUCGAAUCUGCCUGCAAGACCACAAGUGGUCCGGACAGACCCCCGUCUGUGUCCCCAUCACCUGCGGCCACCCCGGGAACCCUGCCCACGGCUUCACCAACGGCAGCGAGUUCAACCUGAACGACGUCGUGAACUUCACCUGCAACACGGGCUAUCUGCUGCAGGGCGCCUCUCGGGCCCAGUGUCGGAGCAACGGCCAGUGGAGUAGCGCCCUGCCCACGUGUCGAGUGGUGAACUGCUCAGAUCCAGGCUUUGUGGAAAACGCCAUUCGUCACGGGCAACAGAAUUUCCCUGAGAGUUUUGAAUACGGAAUGAGUGUCAUGUAUCAUUGCAAGAAGGGAUUCUACUUGUUGGGAUCUUCUGCCUUAACCUGUACGGCGAAUGGCUUAUGGGAUCGGUCUUUACCCAAGUGUUUGACUAUAUCAUGUGGACACCCAGGGGUUCCUGCCAAUGCUAUCCUAACUGGAGAACUAUUUACAUAUGGUGCCGUAGUUCACUACGCGUGCAAAGGGAGCCGGAAUCUUGUAGGCAACAGCACUAGAGUGUGUCAAGAGGAUAGUCACUGGAGUGGGGCGCUACCCCACUGUACAGGAAAUGAUCCUGGAUUUUGUGGGGAUCCGGGGACCCCAGCACACGGAUCCCGGCUUGGAGAUGAACUCAAGGCCAAGAGCCUUCUCCGUUUCUCCUGUGAGAUGGGUUAUCAGCUGAGGGGCUCUCCUGAGCGGACAUGUUUGCUCAAUGGCUCAUGGUCAGGACUGCAGCCCGUCUGUGAAGCCGUGUCCUGUGGGAAUCCUGGCACGCCCACCAACGGCAUGAUUGUCAGCAGUGACGGCGUCCUGUUCUCCAGCUCGGUCAUCUACGCCUGUUGGGAAGGCUACAAGACCUCGGGGUUAAUGAUCCGGCACUGCACAGCCAACGGGACCUGGACCGGCACAGCCCCCGACUGUACAAUUAUAAGCUGUGGGGACCCAGGUACACUGGCCAAUGGCAUCCAGUUUGGGACGGAUUUCACCUUCAAUAAGACUGUAAGCUAUCAGUGUGACCCUGGCUAUCUCCUGGAACCUGUCACAUCAUCCACCAUCCGUUGUACCAAAGACAGUACAUGGAAUAACAGCAAACCCACCUGCAAAGCUGUCACGUGUGGCCAGCCUCCUCAAGUACAGCACGGGAAGGUGGAGGGAGCAGAUUUCCACUGGGGGUCCAGCAUCAGUUACAGCUGCGUGGACGGCUUCCAGCCCUCUCACUCCGCCAUCCUCUCCUGCGAAGGCCGUGGGGUGUGGAAAGGGGAGGUGCCCCAGUGCCUGCCUGUGUUCUGCGGAGACCCCGGCACCCCCGCGGAGGGGCGGCUCAGUGGCAAAAGCUUCACCUAUAAAUCUGAAGUCUUCUUCCAGUGCAAACCUCCCUUCAUACUGGUGGGGUCCUCGAGAAGAACCUGCCAGGCCGACGGCACGUGGAGCGGCACCCAGCCCACCUGCAUCGAUCCAGCUCAUAACAGCUGCCCAGACCCCGGCACUCCACACUUUGGAAUACAGAAUAGCUCCAGAGGAUAUGAGGUUGGAAGCACCGUGUUUUUCAGGUGCAGAAAAGGUUACCACAUCCAAGGUUCUACGACUCGGACUUGCCUGGCAAAUUUAACUUGGAGUGGAAUACAGACAGAAUGUAUACCCCACGCCUGCAGACAGCCAGAAACGCCAGCCCACGCAGACGUGAGAGCGAUAGACCUCCCCACCUUCGGUUACACCUUGGUGUACACCUGCCAUCCGGGGUUCUUCCUCGCGGCCGGGUCUGAGCACAGGACGUGUAAAGCAGAUAUGAGGUGGACGGGAAAAUCGCCUGUCUGUAAAAGUAAAGGAGUGGGAGAAGUUAAUGAGACAGUUACUAAAACUCCAGUUCCUUCAGAUGUAUUUUUUAUCAAUUCAGUGUGGAAAGGAUAUUAUGAAUAUUUAGGGAAAAGACAACCUGCAACUCUAACAGUUGACUGGUUCAACGCAACAAGUAGUAAGGUGAACGCGACCUUCCUCGAAGCCUCGCAGGUGGAGCUGAAAUUGACAGGUGUUUACAAGAAGGAAGAAGCUCACUUACUUCUGAAGGCUUUCCAAAUUAAAGGUCCCGCAGAUAUUUUUGUAAGCAAGUUUGAAAAUGACAACUGGGGACUAGAUGGCUAUGUGUCAUCAGGACUUGAAAGGGGAGGAUUUACUUUUCAAGGUGACAUUCAUGGAAAAGACUUCGGAAAAUUCAAGCUGGAAAGGCAAGAUCCCUUAAACUCGGACCAAGACCCUUCAAAUCAUUACCACGGCACUAGCAGCGGCUCGGUCGCGGCUGCGAUUCUCGUUCCGUUCUUUGCUCUGAUUUUGUCCGGAUUUGCGUUUUACCUCUACAAACACAGAACGAGACCAAAAGUUCAAUACAACGGCUAUGCCGGACACGAAAACAGCAAUGGACAAGCUUCAUUUGAAAACCCUAUGUAUGAUACAAACUUAAAACCCACAGAGGCAAAGGCUGUGCGGUUUGACACAACUCUGAACACAGUGUGCACAGUGGUAUAGCCCUCAGUGCCCCAUUAGGACUGAUUCAUAGCCAUACCUCUGUUGGACAAGCAGUAACUCCUUUGGUGCCAUAUACCACUCUCCCUUCUAGUCUUGGCUUUGCUGCGGUGAUCUUUCACAUCUUCUGCUGGCGUCUGUGCGGCGGGAAUCUCCAGUCACGUGCGCCAGAGUCUCCUGAGGAUCGGGUGACACAGAGACCUGCAUUCUGAACGUGGAUUCUCCAUGCCUGGCUUCAUCUGCUCGGGAUCAAGGCACACUCAAGGAAGACUGCCGAGUCACGCCAAUACUUUGUACUUAAUGCCUCAGACUUUCGUAUUUCUGUGUGGCUGGGAUGCCUUUCAAUGCAAUCUUCUGGGCACGUGGAUACAUCCCCUGGGUGCGGUGAUAAAAUGAUAGCACCACAAUAUGUUGUUUUGUUUUUUUAACCCCCGUAAAUAUGAAUACUCUGAAAAACAACAACAACAACAACAACAACAACAACAACAACAACAGAGCUCUCUUGAAGAAACCUUUCUGGUAGAGAUGCACACACCUACAAACGCUUCACUCUGUCCUUCCUGAGACCUGACAAGCUUUGAGGACUCACGGCUCCCCUCGGUGUCCAUUCCUAGGGCCAUUUGCAAAUUUCCCAGUCAGCCGUUCGAUUGCAGAAUUUUUGAUGCACAAUUUUUUGCACUAGUGUGUUAUGAAUGACUGAGUAAGAUUCUGAUAAAAAAAUAAACUAUUUACACAGGGUUUAUACACACUAUCCAUUGUAUAUAAGCAUCUUCUCAUGCUGUCCAGCGAAACAUCCACCAUCCAUCCGUUCAGUUGGCAUCUUAGCAAAAGAAAACAUCCCCAGAUAUGGCACAGGUUUUAAAGGGAAACGUGGUGUUGAAGAGAUUUAUUUUAUCAUUGCUUCUUUUAGCUGCAUAUGUGUGUUGAAGUCAUUGACGAUGUCGAGAGAGGGGGGAAACACCAGAGGGCUUUGCAGUUGCCGCACACUCUGUUCCCUUUAGCAGCACCCGUGACCGCCAGUCCUGCUGUAUUGCGUGGCCAGGGGGCUGCUGAGCUUUUCUUUGCUGUGGAGAAUGUCAGUAGUAAUUUAUUUUAGAUAGCUCAUGAGCUUGUGAGGCUUGGCUCACUGUAGUCUUCCCUCCGCAUCACAGUUUGUUCUUCCAGAGCACCGCCACUCUCCGCCGUGGCGUUGAAGGACGGUGCUGUGCAGUCGCCCCUUGAACUCAGUGGGAACCGUCCGGGA